AAGUGCGCAAGGGACCACAUGCCGCCACCCACCAGCAAAUCAAAUCACACCAAGCAGCAGAGUCGAGUUCCUCCUGUGGCAGGUUUCGCGUAGUUUUGCUCUGGGCGUACUACCUUAGUCUAGUACCUUGCUUGCUGCAGGCCAAGUGGAGGCGGCGCUACAAACACCAUGUCGACAUGCAGACGCAGUGAUGGGCCCCAGCACAGAGUUGCAACUUUGUCCGUUGCAGUGACGGCAGUGUUUGCAGCAUUUUGCAGCAGAGGGGUCGGGGUCAUGCGCAUCGCCCCCAGAAGCAGGGCGAGUCGAUACGCAGUGUGGUCGGCUAGACAGUGGUGGUUGGACGAUGGCAUCCGAUGUCGCUACGAUGGAUGCCUCCCCAGAAGCGCCAUUGGCCACGCGGUCGAGCGUAGCGGCUUCUACAGCCGAUGGUGGCCACGAGGAAAUCCAGGGAGCAAAUCCGCCACCAUUUCUCCGGGACACAAAAGACAAUGAGGGGCGGACGUUUGAUCGGGACAAAGUCGCUCAUUUGGUGUUGGUCUUGGUGUUGAUGCUGGCCGUGGCGCUGGCGUUGGUAUUCAGUAUUGAAUGUCGCUGCUCAGCUGGUGGCCGUGCGUACUCGUACGAGUCGUCACUGCGCUUGAGAAUAGCUGCUGCAGCGCCCUCAGCUGCAGAGGCUAGACCCGAGGGUAUCACGAUCACGUGCUGCUACCUACCAAGAAUGCCGCUCGCUCACACUCACACAACAGGUGCUACAGCCACACACACUUGCCACAAGCCAGAGCCAAGGUCAGAGCCAAGGCCAAGCGAGGCAAGAGGACUGGCUUCUCGUGACUUGGCCUCCAGGACGCACCUGCCAAUCGCCAUGCCCCGCGUAUUGGUACUGGUACUGGUACAAAGCACAGCAGAAAGCGGUGAAACUGAGACAAGCGGCAGCAGCCAUAUGGUCUGAGCCACGAUGGCGCUUUCCUCGCUCACACACACUAACACACUCACACGCUCAUGCUUUGUUUGUCUGUC